AUGUCAUCUGCUCUAUACAAACAAAACACAAAUUUCACUCAUUCUACCGGUUCUUUCUUACAAAGUGCCCCUGUUGAGUUGACCACAGUUAGUGGAUACCAAGAGUUUUUGAAAAAGCAACAAAAGAAAAAUAAUGAAAUCCAAACAGUCCUGAGCGAAGACAAGUCGCACGGCUAUGUGCUAAUGGGCGGUGAAGUCAUUGCCAAUAUUCUAGGUGAAGCUAAAGAUUAUCUCUUGGAUUUGGCGGGUCAGGCCUAA